AUGGCAUAUCAAGAAAGUGUAGACGAACUUUUAUCAGAUGCAUUGUCAUUCAAUAAUGAAAUAAAAACAUGUAACACUAUUCACAAUUUGCAAUGUAAUGAUGAAUUUAUACGGUUGAGCGGUCACUUUAUUCCUACGAUUUAUGGAGUUAAGACGAUCACGAUACCUCAAAUUAUAAACACUGUGAUAAAAUCAGAAAAUUCGUUUGAAAAAGCUAAAUAUUUGAUGAAAAACAUAUCGGUUAUAAAAAAUAGCUAUCUGGAUAAAUUGAAAACUGUUUUGAGCAAAAUUUAUCCGAUGAUUGUGGUAAAUCUCAAUAGAUAUCAUACUUUGCGAAAAAUUUAUGAUUAUGAAAUAAAACAGAUUGAUCCGAAACCACUAAUGCAGCAGUCUAUUUUUGCUGAAAUAUUUAAUAUUGCUUUUCAACACAUUGGACAUGAUAUUAAAGAUCCGAAAGAUUUGUAUCGAUUGUUGACAUUGCUCUCCGAGCCACUUGAUUGGGUUGAUUAUUACAAUAUUAUAAAAAAGUAUUGUCAUAUAAACUUCAUGAUGUAUAAAAUUAAUUUGCCCACUGCCAAAUUGUUUGUUCAUAAUGCGGACAUUCUUUCAACACCACUAGUUCUUCUGAGGUAUACCAAUAGCAAAGUUAUCGAUCUUGUUCAUGUUUAUGAACAUGGACAUAACUUGUUUCAAGGGGGGUAUAAAUUUAAUUCUUAA